GUUUGGAAUUUUUGACCCUGCAGUCGUUUAUGACCAUCUGGGAGAAAUUUAUGCAGCACUUGUUGUGGGGAGCUUUGUCUUUUGCAUUUUCUUGUACAUAAAAGGUCACUUGGCACCAUCUUCUGCUGAUUCUGGAACAUUGGGGAAUGCAGUAAUUGACUUCUACUGGGGAAUGGAAUUGUAUCCUCGCAUUGGUAAAAGUUUUGAUAUCAAGGUGUUCACAAACUGCCGAUUUGGUAUGAUGUCCUGGGCCGUUCUUGCCGUGACCUAUUGCAUCAAACAGUAUGAAGAAAAUGGCCUAGUGGCUGAUUCAAUGCUGGUAAAUACUGUAUUGAUGCUGGUCUACGUUACUAAGUUUUUUUGGUGGGAAGCUGGAUAUUGGUGCACUAUGGAUAUUGCUCAUGAUAGAGCUGGAUUCUAUAUUUGCUGGGGAUGCUUGGUAUGGGUCCCAUCAGUCUAUACAUCUCCUGGGAUGUACCUGGUUAACCACCCUGUAAAUCUGGGUACUCAGCUUGCACUCUCUAUACUUGUGGCUGGACUUCUCUGCAUAUACAUCAACUAUGACUGUGAUAGACAAAGACAAGAAUUCCGCAGAACAAAUGGCAAGUGUUUGGUUUGGGGAAAAGCUCCAUCAAAGAUUGUAGCAUCCUAUCGGACCACUAGUGGGGAAACAAAAAGCAGUCUCCUUCUAACUUCUGGCUGGUGGGGUUUGUCUCGUCACUUCCACUAUGUGCCUGAGAUUUUAGCUGCAUUUUACUGGACUGUGCCGGCACUUUUUAAUCAUUUCCUGCCUUACUUCUAUGUGUUGUAUCUGACCAUUCUCCUUUUCGACCGAGCAAAAAGAGACGAUGACCGGUGUUCAUCCAAGUACGGGAAGUACUGGAAGAUGUACUGUGAAAAGGUGCCUUACAGGAUUAUACCUGGGAUCUAUUGAGUCUUUUUGGUUGGUAGACAGGAGGAAUGGUUUACCUAGCUGUUUCACUCUGUAUCAUCGGAAUGUAUGUUAUGGAAUUUGAUGCAUGGAUCCAUCUGCAAAAUAACGAAUGAUGCACAUAUGAACCUCUAGAAAGCUGGACAUUCUGGAAAUGUUUGGUUGCUUUUCUUUUUUUUUUCCCCCUGUUUGCUCGAUCAUAUUCCCGUCAUCAAAUGAUAAAUGGUGGUGCCCUCCAGUUGAUUCCAUCGAUGCUUCACUGCUACUUCAGCUCCACUUAAAUGUCAACAAACAUGGUGCCUCCAGUUGAUUCCAUCGAUGCUUCACUGCUACUUCAGCUCCAUUUAAAUGUCAACAAACAUGGUGCAUUGGUAUGUCUUCCUUGUGUCAUAAUCCAGUCACCAACAACGGUUAGUGUUGUAUCAUCGAUAAAUCUGGGGGAGGGUGGUUCUCAAAAUCUAUGGUGCCUCUAAGUGUGUCGUCACCAUCUUCAUUUGAUUUGAGCUAGGAACAUGAUCACUAUCUGAGUUCUUGGUUCCAUGUACCGGUUCUGUUCGAUAUACAAUAAGAUAGUUUUUUUUUUUUU